UGUAUGUAUAAUUAGUGUGUGUGUAUACCUUCAUUAACAUUGAGAUGUGGGAGUUUUAGAGGGUGAAGAUGUACAUUUAUUCAUGCGACCUGAGGAGGAAUAUAUUGUUCCCGACAUUGUUGUCCCUUUAAAUAGUAGCCUCAGUGAACAACUGCAUGCAUGUAGGACAAUAUAUUUUAAUUUUAUUUCUGUGGGCUGUCUGUGGAUGCGUUAAACAUCUUAAUAGUUCUUUUAAAUUUAAAUAUUUGCCAAUUUAAAGUUUAUCGUUUAAGUUUAAAACCCGUGUCUUCCCAUUACUUUAAUGCUCUCUGCUGAAUGAGGUUUAAACCUUUUUAAAACACUUUUCUGUUAUGCACAUUGAUCUCAGUAGAAUAAGGUAUAGAUUUGUCUUUCCUGCUGUACUAGACUUGUGUUGGUUAAAAAAAUUGAUAUUACAAAAUUUAUGUUAAUCUUGAGUGCUUGGAGAAAAAUAUCCUGCUCCUAACCCUGGUCCUUGAUUACCUCUGUUCUGUGCAAUUCAGUGUUUUAUAUUUAGGUGCUCUAACACACCUGCCCUGAUUCAGAAAAGGCCAGAGCAUAUACACAGGUCAGAGAAAGUCAAACAGAGCGAAGGAGAAGAAGCAGAGGAGGCUUGAAGAAAGAGCAGCUAUGGAUGCUGUGUGUGCUAAAGUGGUUGCAGCCAAUAAGCUUGAAGAUCCACUGUCGGCUUUUCCAGUGUUCAAAAAGUAUGACAGAAACGGGUUAAAUCUGGAGAUUGAGUGUAAACGGGUGACUGCACUGUCUCCCAUCACUGUGGAGUGGGCCUAUGAGCUGACCAGAGCCAACGUACAGACAUUAUAUGAACAGAGUGAGUGGGGAUGGAAGGAGAGGGAGAAAAGGGAGGAGUUGAAGGAUGAGAGAGCAUGGUAUCUCCUGGCUCGUGAUGCCGAAUCAGCCCCUGUUGCUUUCUCUCAUUUUCGAUUCGAUGUCGAAUGUGGCGAUGAGGUGUUGUAUUGUUAUGAACUCCAGUUGGAGAGCAAGGUCAGGCGGAAAGGUCUGGGAAAAUUUCUCGUCCAGAUCCUGCAGCUCAUUGCCAACAGUACACAAAUGAAAAAGGUCAUGUUGACCGUUUUCAAACACAACCACGGAGCCUACCAGUUUUUCCGGGAGGCCUUACAAUUUGAGAUUGACGAAACUUCACCCAGCAUGUCAGGUUGCUGUGGAGAUGAGUACUCGUACGAGAUUUUGAGUCGACGGACAAAAUACGGCGAGGUGUCGGGUCAUGCGCAUGCUGGCGGCCACUGUGGAGGCUGCUGCCAUUAGGUGCUGGUCCUGCUGUUCUGUUACACAAACACUCCUCAUUCAAACCUCCUGUCAACAAUCAUGUUUGCCCUACGUUACCCCAUAUUUACAUCCCCUUAAGCCUAGUUCAGUCACGCAGUGUAGCCAAAAAGAACAAGAAACGAAAAGGAGCCGGUCAGAGCACCACUGAUGCGUUCAUCUUUCAGUAACUGGUAUUUAACAGUGUUUAGAGUGAGAAAUCUUGCAGUAGGUUACAGUUCAUAAGUUACUCAUAUAUGACUGUAAAUAAUGUGAAAUACAGUUUGGGUAGCUAAUUUCUUGAAUGUUUAGUCUUGUGUAUUGAGUGUGAAGUAGGUGACUGGAAAUUUGUAAUGAAAGUGAAAAGUACAUUAUCCAAAUGUCUUUCAGGUACAAAUUUGAUGCACACAAUGGUUUUGACUUGUACACAUCCAAAUUAAGUCAUGAUGUUAGCGAGAUCUAAAGCUUUGUUUACAUAACGUUUGGGUUUAAGCAUCAUAAAAGGUUAUCCUAUCACUAACUAUUGAGUUUGUAUAAGACCAAUUAAGGAUUUUUGCAAGAUUUUGCUAUUUUCUACCUCUGUGUUUGGUGUGAGGUUUUUUUUUUUAAAUUCGUUUUCACAGAAUUCAUUUAAAGGUGUUACUGUGCAGGCUUCAUAGUUAAGGAUGAGAAGCCAUGUUUGAGGUACAUGUAUGCUACAUGUUGCUCUUAAUGACAGUGUAAAAGUGAUGCAUUUUAAAGCUGUGAAGUGGUGACUGAACUAGGCCUGAACUAAUCUCUCAUCGAUGAAGGUCCUCCUUGUUGCUAAAUAUUUUUAACUUAAUAGCUGCCCGUGACUAAGGAAAAAUAAGUAUAUUCCCUCUCCAGCUUUAUGAAUCUUUGAACAACAGAGAUGGCAGUAAUGCUCAUGUGACAGCUCUGUAUAGUGAACUUUUCCUUUCACCUCAGGAACCAGCAUGGUGAGUAGAACAUCUACACAUCCCAUGAUGAUGACAAACAUCAUGGCAGGACUUUAGCCUACAAUUCUCUCUCUCUCCCAAGCUGCUGAUCAUUAAAGUGAGUUCAAGGGCAUGGCACACUAGCUGUUACUGCCAUUUUUUUCUCUAUUGCUCUGUCAGGGUACUUGUACAUACAUUUUAACAAAAUGCAAGGGGCUUACCUAAGUGUUGUAUUUCUUUAAUUAACCGAAUACAAUGAACGACUUUGUAUUCUUUAUAAUCGCUCAAACUGGUCAGUCUCAGGUCAUUCAACUAAGUAAAACCUAUAUCAAAUAUUUUAUAACGGCUAUCCCUAUCUAAUUGCUGAAGGGGCUGAUGCUUAUUGCAACCACACCCUUAGUGUAGAAAAGUGCUGUCCUUUUUUUAAAGUAUCACAGCCUUCUUUUAUCAUCUCAAAACAUUAGUUGUUUUUUUUUUUUUUUCUUUUUUCUUAACUGUAUAUAAUCUGUUUGACAUUAUCAUUUUAUUUACCUUCACAAGGUUUGUGGGGAGAAAUUACAUUGAGACCAUUAAAAAGUGAUGAGAUGUUUGGUAAAUGAGUAUUUCUGUGUCAUGCUUUGUUGUUGAUGCAGAAAGGGAAGUUAUUUCAGCUUUUGGUGUUUUAUUUGUUUGCAACAAAUAAACUGGUUUGACUCAAA